AUGACUGUUCCAUCAUCAAAUGAUGACGAUUUGCAACUACAGUUCACUUUUGAAGGAGAAUAUAACAAACUCAAUGCUCAACUGGACGCUAUAUCAACAUGUUUAGAUAUACUAGAGGCGAAAAGUAAAAAACUCUGCGAUGAAGCUGAACACUUGGUACUUGAAUAUAAAGAGCAAAGAAAUGAAACUUCAUCGGCAUCUUAG